AUGAGAAGAAAUAUUAUUCAAAAAAUUCUGUUUAAUAAUAAAAAUAUAACACUAUGUAAUACGUACAAAAGGGGAUUUAUUCAAGUUCUCUUAAAACAUGGUAUAAAUAGUAAAGGCAUACAAAAUGGAUUCUAUAAUAAUAAAUAUAUAUUGAGUGCUCAAAAAUUUAAUGCCUUCUUUUCAACUGAAAAAAGUCAAGAUCUUAGUUCUUUAAGUAAAGAACAAAUAGAAGAAAAAAUCUUAACGGUUCUAAAAAAAUAUUUACCUACAGACGUUGAAAUAAAAUAUGAUGAAGAAUUAGAAAAAUAUAAGACCAAGGAUAAUCGAGCUUGGGAUUUCCUUGAUACCGUUGAAUUCUUAAUAGAUAUUGAAUCCGAAUUUAAUAUAACAAUACCAGACGAAACAGCUGACAAUAUAAAAACAGUACAAGAAGUUAUAGAUUAUAUAAUUCAAUUAAAUAUAAAAAAAACUUAA